AUGCGCUCUCAAAUCACCAACGACGAGGCCAAAACCGCCAACUGGGUGUCCAUCGGCCUUGCCAUCGUCAUUCUGCUUGUGAGAUUCAUCUGCGGACAACACUACCGGAAGUCUGCCCUGGACAUUACAACAGGGGUAGUUCUGGCCUCAAUCGCAAUCCUUAUUGCAAGGAUCGUCAUCAGCAACUAUGUGCUGGAAUAUGGCACAGCAGACGACGUCCUCCUGGCAGGAGCCAUCCACUACGAAAGCCUCGACCUCGACCAGAUCAAAACGGGGACCAUCCUGUCGCUGAUUUCGAGGCUCCUGAUCACAACUGUCUACUGGCUACAAUGCAUCCUGUUGCUUCUUUUCUAUACCCGAAUCCUGGCACACAUUCACUGGGUCAAACUCUGCGUACGGGUGACGUGGGUGGUGAUCGGCGCGUCCUAUAUUGCGGUCGUUUUUGCGACAUUCUUGGAAUGUCGCCCCUUCCGACUAUACUGGCAGAUCCAACCCGACCCCGGGAGCUGUGUCCAGGCAUAUGUGCAGCUCUUCGUCCAAUGCAUCUGCAACAUCAUCAUCGACCUCCUCCUCCUCGCCAUAUCUUACCCAGUCCUCCGGACACGGGGCCACAAAUGGUCGCAGAAAUGCCGGAUCGCCUUUCUGUACGUCCUCGGCAGCUUCUGCAUCAUCAUCACUUGUAUCCGUGUCGCCUACAUCCACGGCUCAAACUCUGCCCAGCCUGCGCGAAGUUUCUGGGCAUCCGUUCAGGGCGUGAUCUCCACGUUCGUGGCCAACACGCCGAGUAUUUACGGACAACUAAAGCUCAAACUGCGCGAGAAGACACAAAGCAGCGAGGGGAGGAGGAGGGGGGACACCCAGCCAGACACCUACGUUCUGAUGGAUGAAAUGAACCGGCGCGUGUCACGGCCACCAGGCGAGGAUGUGGAAGAUGUCGCGAGCAACCCGACGCUGGGAUCGGACUCCCUCAAACAACGGAAAGGGGAAGAUAAAAGCUUUUGGGUCUCGGAGGCGGAAAUCCCGCAGCCGGAUGGCAUCGGGAAAGAAAGCAACCAGUGA